AGAUCUGAAAAUAUAUUUAAUCAGAAAUGAUGUUUUCUUAUUCAAAAAAAAUUAAAUUAUAAUGACAUAGAUCUAAAAGUAUUGCAUCAAAAAUGAGCCAAAGAAAAUGGGAUCCUCAUGCAAGUAUAAUUUGUCCUUAUGAUCCUCUUCACGUUAUAACAGCACAAAGAUUUCAAAGGCACAUUCACAAAUGCAGAAAGAAUUAUCCUGAGAAAGAUCUAGUGCAAUGUUCGUUUAAUGCAAAUCACUUUGUAUUGCGAAAAGAUAUUUGCCAACAUUUGAUAUCAUGUCCAGAUAAGCCUCCAGUAGAAAACAACAUAAUUAAACUUGCUAUUCCCAACUCUCAAAAGUUACAAUCUUUCUGUGGGAAUCUUAGUAUGCCUAAAUCAAAGCAAAUUGUAAGUUGCGCAGGAGAAGAGGACUGGGAUGAAGAAAUUGAUUCAACACAAACUUGCUAUAGUUUACAGAUUUUAAAUAAAAUUUCAACACAAGAAAAUUUAACACAAACUUGGCUAGAUUCGUCACAAACUCAACUUAAUUGGACACAAAAACAAUCUGAGUCACAGUUAAACAAAGAUGUCAUGUCGCACCAGUUAGUCACAGAUCGUGAGGUGACUCUGCUCAACUCUCAGCUCAGGUAUUCGCUAGAAUGUUUAACAAUGGAUGACUUGCAAACAAAAGAAAAAAGCGACGGUUGUUUGUAUGAAAAAAAUUCUUAUCUUCACAACUUAAAAACAGUUGAAAAAAAAAAUGAUAUGAAUCCUUUAGAAAAAAAAGUUGCGCUUUUAGGAAAGGAAAAUGAUAUUUUAUAUAAAAGAUCAUCAGAUAUCAACAAUUCAAAUGGAAUGCAAACCAGUGAUUUUUUUCAUUAUAAAAAACCUUCACCAAUAGAACACAUGACAAGAGAUGAAAUAAACAAUAUUUAUCAAAGACCUUUUUCGAUCGAUAGUUCAAGAAAAUAUGAUUCUAAAUUAAUAAUGGAAAAUUUUUAUUCAUAUCAAGAUAGUCGAAAAAAGAGUGAAUCAGAUUGUUCCGCUCAAACUAAAGAAUCUUUUUUUUCUUCUUCUUCAAAACAUGUAAGCAACCCCAAUUCAACAAUCGUUGUGCAAUCUAGUUCUAAAGUUACGCAAACUGUUACAAAACCAGGUGAAUUGACUGACAGUAAACAUUUUUCAAUUGGUCGAGGUGCCUUAAAAAAAGCCAUUUUUAACUAUAAUUCUUGUAAAACUUGAAGUAUUUUAACAAUUCUUUGCGAAA